CCACCAAAGUGCAGAAGAAAGGCAAAGAAUGAGCCUAGAAAAAAGUAUGGAAAGUUAUCCAAAAGAGGAGUAAAAAUGACAUGUUCACUGUGUCAUCAAGUAGGCCACAACAAAAAAUCUUGUCCAACAUUGGCUGAAAUGGGACAACCUGGAGGCUACCCAAACAGGAAACCAAGCUCAAGCCAACCAUCACUGUCUAGCCAACCAUCAAGCUCAAGCCAGCCACCAUUGUCUAGCCAACCAUCAAGCUCAAGCCAGCCACCACUUUUUAGCCAACCAUCAAGCUCAAGUCAGCCACCACUUUUUAGUAGACCAUCAAGCUCAAGUCAGCCACCAGUAUUCAAUCAUCAAGGCAGUUCUAUGUGUUUUGAUUCUUCAGCUGUUAGAAGAGAGCAACAACCUGCUAAAAGCAGAGGCACAUGCAGAGGCACUGGGAGAGGCACUGGGAGAGGUACUGACAGAGGAACUGGUAGAGGCACUGGUAGAGGCACUGGGAGAGGUACUGGCACUGCCAGUGAAAUUGGAAGAGGCAGUGUUUUCAACAUUGGAGGUGUAUCAAGUCAGCAACCUGAUCAACCAAGGGUUGUGGAAGCUUCAAUAUCAACAGGAAGACAAAAAAGGACCAAGACUAUAGGAUUUGGCAUCUAUACAAAUGCAAGUGGUAGUCAAACCUUUAAUCCUGGUACUUCAGGAGAAAAAGUUAUCAAUUCGAGAGUUUAUAAGGAUGCAUCUCCAACAAAUAUUGAUAUUGGUUAUAAGCCUCGAGGACUCAAGUGGAAUGGUGGAGAUGCUGUCACUGGUUCACAGUUGCAACGUAUCACUCAGUCAAGGAAAAACAAGCGUGGAACAUCUAGUGCACCAAAGAAUGCCUAAUUUAUGUAGAAAAGUCACUUUUUGGUUGUGUAAUUAGCAGCAGAAAUUUGUAUUGACUGCUUUGAAACUUGGAGCUCACUAGAGCAAAUUAAUGGCAUGAAUGAUCAAUUUUUACUG